UGGCAAAGUAAAAUUUUGCAGAGGAAGGAAGUAUUAGUGUCUGUUGAUUUUCUCCUUAUUUGCAAGAAUUUUCACUUUGAACGAUGGCUGCGGUGCCUCAGACUGAUCAAGACAGGCGAAAGCAAAUCAGUGUUCGUGGGAUUGCAGAUGUUUCUAACGUUUCCAACGUGAUAAAGACCUUCAAUCGCCAUCUCCAUUACACUUUGGUGAAGGACAGAAAUGUUGCCACUCCUCGGGAUUAUUUCUUUGCAUUGGCUCAUGCCGUGAGGGACCAUCUCGUUGGAAGAUGGAUCAGGACUCAGCAGUAUUAUUACGAGAAAGAUCCAAAGCGCGUGUAUUACCUCUCUUUGGAGUUCUACAUGGGGAGAACAUUAUCCAAUACCAUGGUCAACCUGGGCAUUCAGAGCUCCUGCGAUGAAGCUAUGUAUCGGCUGGGUUUGGACAUUGAAGAACUGGAAGAGAUAGAAGAAGAUGCGGGUCUUGGCAAUGGAGGUCUCGGCCGAUUGGCUGCCUGCUUUCUUGACUCCAUGGCAACCCUCGGGCUUGCUGCCUAUGGAUACGGAAUUCGUUAUGACUAUGGUAUCUUCGCUCAAAAGAUCAAGAACGGAUGGCAGGAAGAAGAACCAGAUGAUUGGCUGCGCUAUGGCAACCCAUGGGAGAAGGCACGUCCUGAAUAUACCCUCCCCGUCAAUUUCUUUGGCAGAGUGAUCACUGAUGCGAAUGGCAGGAGAAAAUGGGUAGAAACCCAGGUAGUGUUUGCUAUGCCUUAUGACAGCCCUGUCCCAGGCUAUGCCAACAAUUGUGUUAACACCAUGAGGCUAUGGUCUGCCAAGGCACCUAACAGUUUUGAUCUGAGAUUCUUCAACGAUGGUGACUACAUCAAAGCUGUAUGUGACAGGAACACAUCUGAGAAUAUCUCUAGAGUCCUCUAUCCAAAUGAUAAUUUCUUUGAAGGCAAGGAGCUGAGACUGAAACAGGAGUAUUUCUUGGUAGCUGCAACUCUUCAAGACAUCAUACGUAGGUUCAAGUCUUCAAAGUUUGGUUGCAGAGACCCCGUUAGGACACAAUUUGACACCUUCCCAGAAAAGGUUGCCAUCCAACUGAACGACACCCAUCCUUCCCUGGCUAUCCCAGAGCUUAUGAGGAUCUUGGUUGAUAUAGAGGGACUGGAUUGGGAUAAGGCUUGGACAGUAACUGUGAAGACAUGUGCCUAUACAAACCACACGGUACUUCCUGAGGCCUUGGAGCGAUGGUCUGUGAACACGCUGAGGAGUAUCCUGCCCCGUCACUUGGAGAUUCUCUAUGAGAUCAACUCAAAGCAUUUAGCCGAGGUUGCACGUCUCUACCCCGGGGAUAGUGAUAGAUUGAGGCGUAUGUCCCUGGUAGAGGAGGGUGAUGAAAAGAGGAUUAAUAUGGCGUUCCUUGGUAUCGUAGGAUCACACACUAUUAAUGGAGUUGCUGCCAUACACUCAGAAAUCAUCAAGAAAGACACGUUCAAGGACUUUGCUGAGAUGUGGCCAAACAAGUUCCAAAACAAGACGAAUGGAAUAACACCCCGCAGAUGGCUUCUGUUAUGUAACCCUAGUCUCUCUGACAUCAUAGCCGAGAAAAUAGGUGAGGGUUGGGUGACAGACUUGUCAGAGCUGAGGAAAUUGGAACAGUUUGCCAACAAUGAAGCUUUCAUUAGAGAAAUCAUGAGAUGUAAACAGGAGAACAAGAUGAAGCUAGCAGCUUACAUCGAGAAGAACUACAACAUCACAGUGAACACAACAUCCAUGUUUGACAUCCACGUGAAGAGAAUCCACGAGUACAAGAGACAGCUUAUGAAUGCCCUACAUAUGGUGACACUGUAUAACAGGCUUAAGAAGGACCCCAAUGCACCAUUUGUGCCUCGUACCAUCAUGGUAGGAGGAAAGGCGGCCCCAGGAUACCACACAGCUAAGAUGAUUAUCAAGCUAAUCAACUGUAUCGCACAUGUAGUCAACACGGAUCCAAUCAUAGGAGACAAACUAAAGAUUGUCUACCUAGAGAACUAUCGCGUGUCCCUUGCGGAGAAGAUUAUUCCCGCAGCAGAUCUGAGUGAACAAAUCUCGACAGCAGGAACUGAGGCCUCAGGAACUGGAAACAUGAAAUUCCAGUUAAAUGGAGCACUGACCAUAGGAACUUUAGAUGGCGCUAAUGUUGAAAUGAGAGAGGAGAUGGGCGACGACAACAUCUUCAUAUUUGGCAUGACAGUAGAUGACGUGGCUGAAUUAUGGCGCAAAGGAUAUAACCCCUCGGAUUACUACAACAGCAUCCCAGAGCUUAAGACCUGCUUGGAUCAAAUCAGAGGUGGAUUCUUCUCACCCAAUGAACCCAACUUGUUUGCUGACCUUGUUAAUAAGCUUCUACACGAUGACAGAUUUGCCUUGUUGGCAGACUAUAAGUCAUAUAUAGAGUGCCAGGACCGAGUCAAUGAAGUAUACAAAAAACCACUAGAGUGGGCGAAGAAAUGUAUAUACAACAUAGCAUCAUCUGGCAAGUUCUCUAGUGAUCGCACAAUCGCUGAAUACGCACGGGAAAUCUGGGGUAUAGAGCCUUCCAAUAUGAAACUACCUGAGCCACACGAGAAACCGCUGAGUUCAGGUGAAGUGAUCCCAGAUGUCCACCAUUAAACUCUCAGUAUUAGGAAAUUGUACAUAUCUGUGCCUAAUAUAGAUGACGCUAGUGACUAGAGUAUUGGUGGUUUAUAGUGUAGUUCGGAGGAAGGUUUCACAGGAGUGCCGAUUCGGAGGGAAAUACAGUAUUCAAAGAUACUGCUGUUUUGCAUGGAGUGAUCAACAUUCAUAGUCCUGCAUGGAGUCCUUGUAUUUCACAUAUAUUUCCUCUGUUUUCUUUGUGAAGGAAUUACAGCAGGUUAAAGGCUUGAUGCGAAACUAAUUAACUUCAUUGUAUUUCAAGAGUCUUAAGGUGAUUGUUUACCAUAAUCACAAUAAUGUACAAUGAAGUUGAUUUCUCCCUAUAUGGUGGGAUAUCUCCUUAUAUUUACCUAAUAUGGUGCACCUCUCCUUAUAUGGUAGUAUGGAGACCUUCCACUAUGCCAUGUCUACUUAGAGACCAAGGCGGACAAUGUUGUGUGUAUUCUGGGAAUGAAAUGUUAUUAGUAGCUUAUUGAAGCAUAAGUUGUGAUGUAGUUGUGGGAUAGAAAACCAUAAGAUGAACAAUCAUCGUCGGGGACACUUGAAUCAU